AUGGCACGAGCAAGCUCAGCAUCGCAACAGCGACAGCUCACUGCCACCGAAGAGCUCGAAAAGCUCGAACAAUCCAUAACGCUGACCCUGCAAGAAAUCGACCACAACUUCAGUCGCGCACACCGCAUAGUCACGUCAAGCAUUCUUCCAAUCGUUGAGGAGUAUGCAUCGCAUUCAAGAGACGUCUGGGAGGGCUCCAAAUUCUGGAAGCAAUUCUUCGAGGCUAGCGCCAACGUCUCACUCUCUGGCUACGAAGACCAGUCCAUACAGCAGUCGCAUCUUCCAGACGAGACCACCACCGAGACUGAGGACUCCCAUGCCACAAACUCUCACACCACACUCGAGACGUCUGAAUCUUACUCGACACCAGCCGCACAACAUAUAUCCACCGACUCGAUACAGGACUUAGAUAUAUCUAACAUGACCCUGUCGCCCUCCAAAUCAUCAACACCGCGCCCAACACACAGACAAGCACGAGACGACACAUCCACAUCGGCCUCAUACGCCGAAUACCCAUCACCGUACGAGGCACUUCGCCAAGAAGUCAACCAAACAGCAGUAGACACAACGUCUAUGACAAAAGCCACCGACUACGACGACACUCAACAGCCAGCUCCAUCUACUCCCGGCGCACAAACUCGCCUCGAGCCGACCGAGUAUGAGACAAGACCGCAGUCCUCGCCAUUCCUACCAUCCCAACAACCGCCGCCCUCCUCCGCACGACCAACAACAGCCCGCAAGAAGACCGACCCUCUCCUCCACCGCAUCCUCGAUAAGAACUACCGCGUCCAAGCCACACCCCUCACAACACGCAAGCACAAUGCCGCGACACCGGGAACAUCACAACGCACACAACGUCGCCUAUUCGACUCCUCACCCAUGUCCAGCCCAGAAGUACCCGCGCCACAACUCAACUCUGCCCUCUUCAGCCCUCGCAAGCCGACAAAUCCUCGCUCCAACGCUCCACGAGUACCUGGCGUUUCCGUACUGACGCCACGUCGCGACCCGCAAGCAGCUGCCGCCCAGCAGUCACGCAUACCACAGCCCAGCAACGCACAAUACACGCCCCAGCACCCCGCUUCUCAGCGAGGCACAUGGGACAUCAACUCCUCGGACGACGAAGACGACAGCGAUGUGCUGCAGUUCGGCUCGCCGCCGAAGACAAUGCAGUUCCAUGUUCCACAGAACCGGCUGUUGAAGACGCCUGCGAAAGAGGCAACCCGCCAAAUAGUCGACUCGAUCCUCUCCACUGCGGGUCUCAAUCGCCCACACCGGGAACAUGACGGCCAAGAUGGUGCCCAAGCAACAGGAGGCAUUGACUUCACAGACGACGACAUCGACUUCGAACUGGACGUCGAUGGGGAUGACGGUCGCUACGACUACGACGAACUGCAAGCAGAUCUGCCCGUGACGCCUGGAGCUGCAGGAGCACGGCCGACGCAUCGAGGGCAGGACUUCGAUGAUGGUGGCGGAGGGGAUAUGACGGAUAGAAGUCCCACUGUCGUACGGCCUGCUCGUGUGGAGGACGAAACUUUCUGA